AUGGCUCCUCAGGAGUCACCACGAAGAAAACGACGAGACCGCGAUCACGAACAACAUCGAGAAAGACGGAGAAGAAAUAGUGAUACCCCCCGAAGAUCCAGACACGAAGCUCCUUCGUCAGAAAGAAGUUCUCAGGCAUUAUCAGCGAAUUCGCUAGCGCAAUUGAAUCUGAUAAAUCAACACGAAAGAGCGAGGGCACAGGAGAAGACGCCGCAGAAAACAAGAAGGAAAAGGCGACCAGAGAUUGUGGAUGAGAAGAUUGUAGAUGAACGGAGUAGAAGGGAUCAUAAAAGGAAGAAACGAAGAGUAGUGAGCGGUGCCUUAUUAGAAGAAGGAAAGAGCCAGAAACUAAAAGGUAUAAGGGGAGGUUAUGGGUCCGAAGAUGGUGGUGAUGGUGGGAAGAAGAAGAAAAGGUUAUGGCUCAUCUUGGGAAUUGUUACUGUGAUUGUCAUAAUAAUCAUUGUAGUUGCGGUAGUUGUCAGCAAGAACAACAGUAAAGGCUCUAGUUCAACUACAGCAGCUGCGACUAGCGAUACGGGAGCGCCAUCAAAUUCGAAUCUCAAUGGCGUAUCGGAGUCGAGUAUUCCAGCCACUGCGAAAGGCACCGACCUAGACCCAUUCUCAUGGUACGAUACCACAGAUUUUAAUGUCACAUAUACCGAUGAAACAGUCGGUGGUCUGCCUGUAAUGGGGCUAUUGUCUACUUGGGACGAUUCAAAGGCAGCAAAUGAUAACGUGCCACCGAUCGCGACAUCAUGGGGUUCCUACGCCACAAGGCCAGCACGGGGAGUCAAUAUUGGAGGAUGGCUUUCACUUGAGCCCUUCAUUACACCUUCCCUAUUCAGUGGUGGAAUCGUUGACGAAUAUACUCUAACGACCUCACUUGGCUCCCAAGCAAAGGCAAGACUGGAAAAACACUAUGCGACUUUCGUCAGUGAGCAGACCUUCAUAGAUAUUGCGAAUGCAGGUUUGGAUCAUGUGAGAAUUCCAUUCUCGUACUGGGCUGUGGCCGUAUACGACGGAGACCCUUAUGUCUAUCGAGUUUCGUGGCGCUAUUUACUUAGGGGCAUCGAGUGGGCUCGUAAGCACGGUCUCAGAGUCAACCUUGAUGUACAUGGAUUGCCUGGAAGUCAGAAUGGUUGGAAUCAUAGCGGACGGCUUGGGGCCAUUGGGUGGUUAAACGGAGCAAAUGGAGCAACGAAUGGACAAAGGGCACUCGACAUGCAUGAUAAACUAUCGAAGUUCUUUGCGCAGGACAGAUACAAGAAUAUCGUCACGUUCUAUGGACUUGCGAACGAACCUAAAAUGACGGCGUUAAAACAAGAGGACGUUCUGGCCUGGACAACCAACGCUUAUACUCUUGUCAGAAAGAACGGAAUUACAGCAAAUGUCGUUUUUGGAGACGGAUUCAUGGGGCUGGACAACUGGCAAGGCAAGCUUACUGGGUUGGAGGGUCUCGUGCUUGAUGUACACCAAUAUGUCAUUUUCAACUCUGGACAGAUCAGCUAUAAUCACACUCAAAAGGUCGACUAUGCUUGCUCCGGAUGGACAGAACAAGCCACGAAAAGCAUGAACGUAGCAACAGGAUUCGGUCCAACCAUAUUUGCCGAAUGGUCACAAGCAGACACAGACUGCGCACCGAACCUGAAUAACGUCGGCGUUGGUACCCGCUGGGAAGGAAACUAUAACGUUGGCGAUCCCUCAAUAGCAGUUCUCUCACCAGGGUGUCCGACGAAGAAUUCAGCAUGUAGCUGUACGGAAGCCAACGCCAACAGUGGAUCUUACAGUGACGCUUACAAACAAUUCCUCCUUAUGUUUGCGGAAGCACAAAUGACGAGUUUUGAAAAGGGAUGGGGUUGGUUUUACUGGACGUGGAAAACGGAGUCGGCUACACAGUGGAGUUAUCAACUUGGUCUUGCGGCUGGAAUUUUGCCAGCGAAGGCAUAUGCUAGGUCGUAUAAUUGUACACCUGCAGCUCCGAAUUUUGCGGGGAUUCCGGAAACCUAUUGA